GGCCGUGGUGCUGAGGACCGUAAUCCUUUCUUCCUCAGCCUGGCUCGCCCUUUUCUAUUUGCUUUUCUGUGUUUCUUGACCAACCCAAGCGGUUUCCAUGCGCAUCUUGUUUUCUUUUCCCCCGAUUGCCUCGGUCCCAUGUUGUAAUUCCUCAUCACCACUGCGCUGCUCGUAAAGAAGACAAAACAAACGUCAAUCCGCGUGCCCUUCCGAGCCGUGAGCUUUUCCCGACACGCCUAAACUCUCCCGCCGCGUGCCUGGCUUCCAGCCGCAUCCCGUAAACCCGCCCUUCGAGGCUUCUCUGCCCGUCCGCCCGAAAAAAAAAAAAAACGAUGGGGUGGGGCCUCUCGAGCUGGUACGGGCUGGCGCGAUGUCUCCAGAUUCUGGCCUCGCUCGCCGCCAGCGUGCUCCAGGCCGUGCUGCUGGCCUACAUUACAAUAAACCGGCUAGGGCCCGGCCAGAGCCUGCCGGUGCUCCAGGGGAUGAUGACGUCGUCCCUGCUCUUUUCCACACUCGCCCUGACCCUGAUACGGACCGGGAGGCGCGGGCAAAAGACGCCGUGGCUGGUGACCGCCAUCCUGGGCGACCUCGUCUUCAUCGGCAUCCUCCUGGCCGAGCUCACCAUCCUGUCCCAGGCCGGCCUGCCCGCCAACUGCGCCGGCCUGACGCGUAGCAACUAUCUCCCCGAAGACUCCAGGGAGGCGCCCAAGACGGGCUACAGCAGCAUCCGCUUCUCCAACCAGUUCGGCGGCAGCAAGGGCGAGCUGGACCGCUACUGCGCCCUGUCGCGGGGCUUCUUCAUCAUCGUCGUCGGCCUCGUCUUCGCCUUCAUCGGCUCCAUCAUCGUCGAGGUCCUGAUGGUGGUGGCCGGCAGCUACACCCGCAACGCGGCCGUCGAGCUGCAGAUCCAGGCCGCCGUCCGCGACGCCGACAAGGCCCGCUCCAAGCCGACGUCGCUGGCGUCCAUCGGCGGCGGCGGCGGGCACCAUCAGCAUAGUCACGCCCAGCAGCAGCAGCACAACAUUGUCCCUGUUGCUGCUGCUGCUGCCCCGGUGGCCGCGGGGCCCUCGACCGAAGCCGCCUUCAACCCGCACACGCACCCCCACCCCCAUGUCGCCGCCGUCCACCGCCACGACAGCAGCAGCGCCCACACGCUGCCGUCGCCCGUGUCGCCCGUGUCGCCGUCGACCCACCCGUACCGCUACGGCCCGCCGCCCGCCGCCGCAGCCGCCGCCGGCUACAACCACCACCACCACUACAACAACCAGGCCGCCGCCGCCUCGUCCUCCUCGUCCUCCCCCCCGCCGGUCCGGACGGCGGCCGCCAACUUUGGCUACGAGACGCCCGAGGAGGAGGCCGCCGCCGCCGCGCUGAUAACCGACGGCUCCUCGAGGCCCGACGACGCCGCCGCCGGCCACCACCACCCCGGCAUGCCGCCCAGGUACACGCCCGGCACGCUGUACCCCAUGAGCGGGCACGCCGACGAGACAAACGAGAUGCGUCUGAGCGACUACGUCAAGGGGGAGACGAGGGCUCAGAACAUGAAGGACGGGUUCCGUUGAGAGGGAGAGGGAGAAGGGGUGUGGUCGAUGGCAACAAGACAGAGAUACACACACACACACACACACAAGACACGAAAAAAAGGGUUUGCACGAGGGACUUGAAAUUGUCCCAUCUAAUCUCGUUGUUGUUGGGAUCGGCGCUAUGAUACCAUUGGGAAAAGGCGCCCGGCGCAAUAUUAGGGGCGGACUCGCACACCUGGACGACAAAUUGUUCUGCUUUUCUUUUCCUUCUCUGUGGUCUAUUAUCCAAUUACGUCUCCACUGUCACUACAGGCGGCCAUGGACAUAUAUAUGACUUGAAUUACCAGCUGUAUCCUGAGCCGGCCGAGGGUGCUGUGUCUGUAAUAUGUCUGUUUCCAAGACGUUGAUGUGCAAGAAUAACGCGCUGACGGGGCUGCCACUUGACAC